UCGCUGUCGCGCCCGCCACCCCCCCAGCGGAGACAACGCGCGAUGCCUCCUCCACGCGUGCCUCAUCGACACCACAAUCAUUGCCACAUCCCCCGCCGCCGAGGUCGUGUGGUGGAACCGUCGAGUCUAGCGCCGCCCCCAACCAGACCUGCCCGCUACCCCGAUGCGCCGUCGCCUCCACGCCCAUCUCGCUCCCAGGAACCGCCUGCCUGUAGCCCCCCGCGUCACCGCCUCCACUGGCCAUAUUCCCCCAUUCCCCAAUUCAACGGAUGUUAAAAGGGAUUCACCUCUUGCUCCUCCCCACCCUCCAUCACCUACCCUUGAAGAACCUGUGGAAGAAGCACCCAAGACAUAUGCUUCAGUGUUGCGAACGAAAUCAAAGGCAACGAUGGCGAUUACAGAGUCACAACAGGCUCAACAGUUGGCCCAGCAGCCACAGUCUGCCUCAGUGCAUGAAAAGUCUAACCUGGACAACCACCGGGAUGUUAGCGUCCCUGAGGAUGAAGGUAAUGAACAUGGCUAAAAAUCCAAUCGAUCUUUGUGCGCCUGAACUGGUAUUGUUAAUUGUUCAUUUGGUUUUUAUUCAAAUCUUCCAGUUUUAGAUUUUUGCUUAAUUAUCUUUUCAAGGCCUUCUUGGAUGGUUUAAGUUCAGACCCAAAUCUUUGACUAAGUAUUUUAGCCAGUAGUUAAGGAGAUUUUAAAUUGACCCUUUAUAGAAGUUCCUCCUAGAAUAUUUAAAUCGAUAUCGAUGACCUUUACUGACCGCCUUUUAAAUUGUCAUUAUAUCAGUUCUGUAAAUAAUGUUUCUUAAGUGGGGGCUCUUGUUAGGCUAUCCAAACUCCUGUUUGCUUAUUUUCAACUGUUAUUUUUUUCUCAUUAUGUGUAACUAUGUAAGAGCUGCUACAUCAUCGAUAAUUCGGUAGCUUAUUUUCAACACCAGGUUUGCAUGUUUCCAGUUUCAUUUUAUUUAGGCCCAAUCUUCAAUACUAGCAGAUUUUUAGCAAGUAGUUAAGAAGUAGGCAAUCGUAGUAGCAAUUGCUGCAUCAAUUAGGAGGGUUUCAUGGGCAGGUGUAUAGCCCCAUGUCAGCUAUAUAAUUGUGAUUGCUUGUGUAGCUGCAUUAACCAAAUACUUGUGCUGUUUACUAAAGCAUGCUACCAGUACCAGUAUGUAAUGAGGUACCUGAGUCAGAAUUUCUUCUUUAUUAACCACUCUUUGCGAAUGCGCUGUAUUUAUCUUUCUUGAAGCAUUAUGACAGUAUUGUUAGGCUGAGACAUAGUUUUUUCUUCAUUAAAAGUUUGCGUCCCCCUUACAAACUUCCAUGCUACAGCUCUAAAUUGCUAAUUUAUCUGACAGGGGCCUACUUCAUGCAACAUAUUUUUUGUCUUUCAAUGGUCAAAGGUUCUUUAUGUUUGUAUAUCUUUGUAUGUAUAUCAUGACUAGAUUGUAGCACCUUGCAUGUCUAUCUCGCGUGAACUCAUUUAGCAAAAUUGUUUAUAAUCAUCUAUUAAAUAUGUCAUGAUCUGUUGCCGCAUUAUGUUAUUAGAUAUUCUCUUUAGUGCUCUUUGUUAUCCUACAUCU